GGGCCGCAGAGCAGCGCCGAGCCAUGCCCGGGGCAGCGCCCGCGUCCCUCUGGCUCUGCACCGCCCUCCUGGCCUGCCGGGCUGCGGCGGGGGCACGCCGGGGAGUUCUUGAAUGCUCUCCUGAUGGACAUCAGAUCCUGCAGAACCCUUAUCGAAGUGUUGAUUUUGAUUCAUCCCACCUUCAGCAAUCAGCUAUUCAGAAUUUAAUAUGUGACCAUUCCCUGACACCAGGAUGGUAUCGCUUUAUGAUUUUUGAUAAGCCUGCUGAGAUGCCAACCGAGUGUGUGGAGAUGAAUCAUUGUGGUACUCAAGCCCCUGUCUGGUUGUCUAUGAGGGAGUCAGAAUCCAUGCCUCGACCUGGUGAGAUCAAACAGUUAACAGCUUGUGCUACAUGGCAGUUUUUCUUCAGCACUUUGAAAGACUGCUGUCUUUUCCGAAUUCCUAUCAGUGUGAGGAACUGCGGAGAUUUCUUUGUUUACUUACUGCAGCCCACCCAAGGAUGCAUGGGGUAUUGUGCAGAAGUUGUUUCAGAUGCAAAGCCACAGACCUGUGAUCCUGAGGGAACAGAAAUUGCAGGCAUCUGUACCAGUAACCUGGCUCCUUCAUUAACUGCGUCUGCAUCUGUGUCACCACCACUACCAACCAUUCCUGAAAUUGUAGCAGAGUUGAUCAAAGGCAGCAUUUACCUAAGGUGUACCUUUGGCAUUCCUUUUGCAAACAGCUCACUUGGAUUCAUUGUAACUUGGUCAAGACUUUCUCCUGAAGGUAUCAAAGAAGAACUGAAACAGGAAACAUCAGUUCGUACCUUCUCACUUCUUGAACUAGAUGGGAUAAACGUCAGACUUGGAGACAGAGUCUACUGUAGCAGUUCUGCUUUUUUCAUGGAGAAGUCAGAUAUACAAAGCUCUUCUGUUGAGAGCAAGGAAUUUUUUGCUGGCAUUAAGCUACAUCCAGAAACAUACCAUAUAUCAGAAGAUGGGAAGGAAUACAGACUGGCAAUACAAAGUAGCAUUCCUAUUCCUUGUCCUGAGUUUAGCCAACUAGAAAGUGACUGCAAAAUCUCACUAACAAUGAAUAAUAUUGAUGAAGGUGAAGAGCAGUUAGUUUUAAACUUGGCUCUCUCUUCUUGCCAUGUGGAUCUUCUCCAGAAACCCUGCAAUAACGGAAUCUGUAGUCAAGCUGUAAUUUACUUCACUGCUGUGACAGACUUUAUGCAGGAUGGAGACAGAAUUACCAGAAUCGCAGUCGAACCUAUAUCCAGUGAGAAUUUCUUGUGGAAUGGCUAUGUUCCAGAAAGCACACAGAUUACAGUAAAGGAUCUACCCACGGCCUAUUGCUACUCAUUUACUGACCCUCAUAUAAUUACGUUUGAUGGAAGACUCUAUGACAAUUUUAAAACAGGAACAUUUGUUCUCUACAAGAGUACAUCUCGAGAUUUUGAAGUUCAUGUUCGCCAGUGGGAGUGUGGAAGUCUUCACUACCCAUCAUCCUGUAACUGUGGCUUUGUUGCCAAAGAAGGAAGUGAUAUAAUUGCAUUUGACAUGUGCAGUGGUCAGCUGCAUGAGUCACAGCCUCGCUUAUCUGUACUAAAUAGAGACACAACAGGAAACAAUGUUAGGAUCACUGAAUCCUACCUAGGAAGAAAAGUAACAGUUUUGUUCUCUUCUGGAGCUUUUGUUCGUGCUGAUGUGAGUGAAUGGGGAAUGAGCAUAACACUUAGGGCACCCAGUUCAGAUUACAGACAUACAAUGGGACUCUGUGGCACCUUUGACGGAAUUGCAGAGAAUGACUACCACACUGCAAGUGGGGUGGAAAUCCCAAACCAUGCUAAUGUUCCUUCUUCUUUUAUUAAGGAGUGGAGAAUUUCACCGGGAGAUAGCUUGUUUGACAAGACACCUGCUUCUUUAACAUCUUCUAGAAAAACAGUCUUCUGUGACUGCGCAUCUGAAAGUGCUAGAUUAUAUCAAUCGGUGAAUAAACUAGAGACAAUUUCUCGUUCAGGACUUCCUCUGUCUUGUAAAGAAAGUGAAAAUGGAAGAUUUCUUUCUUUGAUACCAGGACUGGAUGUCACUGCUGAGUACCUCAUUCCUGUUGAUUUUGUCAGAAGCUUAAAGAAACGUUCAUCUGCACAUGAAAUGGAUUCAUCUACAGUUCUGCAGAGGACAGAUAAUCAAACCAAACUUCACAAAAUGUCAUUAGUAAACAGGCACGUGCCUGCAACCGCAGUGGAUAAUACUGGUGUAGAAAGAGAGGGAACUUCAAGCUCAGGCAUUAGAAGAAGUUCUCUCCGUUACAGGAGUCAUAUUCAUAAAAGUCAACCUGUUACAAGUAGAGGGAAGCGCCAAAAUUAUUAUGAGUACCAACCAGCAUUUCUGUUUCAAAGUCUUAGCCAAACAGACUUAGAGGGGUAUAGUUAUUUUUUCCCAGAGGACCAUGCUACUGACACAGACAAGUUUCUUCUUCCUUCUUGGCCCACACCUUCUGGCCUCACUGAGCCUGGCGCUUUGUUACUAUGCCAGCAGGCAAUAACUAAUUCCAGUAUAGGAAGACCUUGUGGUGGCCUUCUUGGCCAUCGAAUAGAGGAUGCAAUCAAUAUGUGUGUUAAAGAUUUGCUGCUGAAAGAUGACCUCAGUUGGGUAAAAGCUUCCUUAGCUCUUCUAGAGAAUGAAUGUGAGAAAAGACUUUUAGAAGAAAUAAAUUACCACCCACAGGAAGUCGCAGGGUCGGUUGAGAGCCUGCUUAUUGCCUUAAAGUGCCCCAAUCUCUGCAGUGGUAAUGGAGAAUGCACAGAAUGGGGCUGUGCAUGUUUUCAAGGCUACAGCUCAUAUGACUGCAGCAUACUGUCUGACCAGGCUCCAGAAAUUACAGAGCUGGAGAAUGCUGGGCUGUGUGAUAUUCGACAGUUUGACUGCACAUCAGUGAAGGCUUUUGGACAUGGCUUCAGGCAGUCAUUGAAUCUAAAAUGUGAAAUUAUCAAAUUACAGUAUAGUGAUAGACAAUGGAUUCCUGGAGAACCCCUGAUUAUGCCAGCUGCCUUCCGAAAUGCCAAGACUGUUGACUGCCAGUUACCCAAUGAUGUCCAGCAGUCUGAUAUCAUGGAUCUGGUUGAUGAUAAACCCAUUGCCCGGUGGCAAAUAAAGAUUACAAAUGAUGGAUCCAUUUAUAGCAACUCUAAAACAAUGAUAUUAUAUGAUGGAGCCUGUCAAAUGUGUGAACCACAAGAAUCUGGGUUAUGUACAUUAAAGGAGAAAACAUGCAACAUAGACGGACACUGUUACGGUGAAGGUGACACAAAUCCAGCCAGCCCUUGCUUAGUCUGCAGACCUGACAUAUCAAAGUUAACUUGGUCAGUUGUUGAAAACAACCAGCCUCCAGUGCUUCAAACUUUUCAGGAUGUGCUACAGACUUUUUAUGGAGAAGAUUUUGUAUAUCAGUUUUUGGCCUCAGAUCCAGAGGGCUCUGCUAUUCAUUUCACGUUGGAAUCUGGUCCAAAAGGUGCCAGUCUUUCCGCAUCAGGUCUCCUUCUGUGGAAAGCUAUGUCAAUGAAUCUCCAUAAAUUAACAUUUUCUUUGACAGAUGACUGCAAUGCAAAGACUAUGGUAGAAAUAGAGGUCAGUGUAAAAUCGUGUGAUUGCCUAAAUAGUGGCUCAUGUGUGACAAACAUUAAUUUCCCGCCUGGAAGUGGAAGAUAUCUUUGUGUGUGUGUAGCUGGAUUUGAAGGUGAUCUCUGCCAAGUGAAUACUGAUGACUGUAAACUUAACCGGUGUGGUAUUGGCAGAUGUGUGGAUGGAAUAAACAGCUAUUACUGUGAAUGUCCACCUGAACUGCAAGGUAAAAAUUGUCAAGAUGAUGUCGAUGAAUGUGUAUCCAGUCCUUGCUUGCCUGGAGUAUUUUGCUUCAAUACUUUUGGUUCUUACUACUGUGGUCUAUGCCCAAAUAAUCUACAAGGAGAUGGGAAGUCAUGUUACGAAAGCUUGGAAGACACUAGUGUUGAAGGAGACGACUUAACAGGAGAAAUUGGAGGGAAUAAAGUAAGAUGUAGGCAAACAUGUGGCAAAAAUAUGGAGUGUGUGGCACCCAAUAUUUGCAAAUGCAAGCCUGGUUAUGCUGGUUAUAACUGUCAGGCCGCUUUAUGUAGACCUGAUUGCAAAAACCAUGGGAAGUGCAUUAAGCCCAAUGUCUGUGAAUGUCUACCAGGAUACAGUGGCUCUGCUUGUGAGGAAGCACAUUGUAAACCACCGUGUCAAAAUGGAGGCACAUGCUUGGCCAGAAAUCUCUGCACCUGCCCAUAUGGUUUUGUGGGACCAAGAUGUGAUACAAUGGUUUGCAACAGAUACUGUGAAAAUGGCGGGAAAUGUCUUACUCCAGACGUCUGCCAGUGUAAACCUGGGUGGUAUGGACCUACCUGCAGUACAGCAAUGUGUGACCCUGUGUGUCUCAAUGGUGGUUCCUGUACUAAGCCAAAUGUUUGCCUCUGUCCACAUGGCUUCUUUGGUGCCCAAUGUCAGAAUGCCGUCUGCAGCCCUCCUUGUAAGAAUGGUGGUCACUGCAUGAGAAAUAAUGUCUGUACUUGUCCUGAGGGGUACACAGGCAGAAGAUGUGAAAAAAGUGUCUGUGAGCCAAGGUGCAUGAAUGGAGGAAGAUGCGUAGGGCCAAAUGUUUGCUCUUGUCCUUCAGGAUGGAAAGGAAGAAGAUGUAACACUCCAAUCUGUCUUCAGGAAUGUAAGAAUGGUGGGGAGUGUAUUGGACCGAGUAUGUGUCAUUGUCCUCCACAGUGGGAAGGAAUCCAGUGUCAAACACCUGUGUGCAACCAGAAGUGUCUGUUUGGAGGCAAGUGUGUAUUGCCUAAUGUAUGCUCUUGUCGUCCUGGCUAUACUGGAGUCCUCUGUGGAAAGAAAAUUCAGGUACAAAGGCAUCAUGGUUGAAGCAAAGAAGUUUAUCAAUUAAAUUGCAGUGCUGCAUGGCUUGAAAAUAUGACUUGAAAAUAGCAAGGGGAUUGAAGAAUUACAAAGUUUAUUUAGAGGAAAGGAAUACCCAGAAGCGUUAUUUUAAAAGAUUUGAAUUACUGUCAUGAAUUUGGUGAGCUUCAAGACAACAAUCUUGUAGUCAUUAAAACGUGUAUAUUUCUAUAAUCUUUUGCUACCUCAUGUACAAAUCUCACAGCCUCUGAUUCUUCACUGGGCUCACAGAUUUGCUGAACGAUGCAAACCCAAGAUUCUUCAUUAUGGUGGUGUAGUCAACUGGACUAUGAGAUUUCUUUUGUGGGAGCAAGAUUGUAAUAGCUGUUAAGAGUCUCUAGGACAAAAUGCAGCACUUCUUCACUAAUGAAUGGUACCUUCUGUUUUUAAACAUUGUUUACAUACCUAUUUCUUGGCUGCAUACAGAUGAAAAAGCAGAAGUAUUUUUUUCUCCUUUUUCUUGUAUUUGCGUCAGUCUGUUAUAAUGACAAGCUCAUAUUGAGGAAGGAAUGGGAACCUAAAACAAGACUUGCCAACUAACAAUGAAGGCAAGGCUUCAUGUCUUGUUAGCAGUUAACCAGAUGCAGAAUAAUUCUGGUUUAUCUAUGGCAAGCCUUUUAGCCAGACACCAACUUCUUUUCCCACCCCCGCCCUGCCCCAUGUCUCUGUUACUUCCACCCAGGCAGCUGAGUACCCACCUGCUGAAUGAUUUCUGUAUCUGUAAGGAUCUUAUAUGGCACUGUUUUGAGAUGGCAUUCAAUAAUACGAGGAAGUUUUGUUCCAGAGUCUCUUAGACACAUUUGACAAUGCUUUUAGCCAUGCUGAAUCUUAAAAUAGGAACUAAGAAGAGGAAUUUGCUGUACCUCAUACCAUCCAUAUACAUGAAUCUUAAAAGUAUUUGUAAAAACUUCAUUGAGGCUUUUUUUCCAUUACCUAUUGCUCCAAUCAACUCUUAGCUGGCAGAGAGCUUUUGAACAAGUAAAAUUCUGGGUUUUUUCUGAAGUUUCCUACAGAGAAUCACCAUCUUCUAGAGGUGUAAAAGACAUUUCAGUUCCUGCCACCACCAACUGAGCCGUGGUAAUAGAUACAUACGUCCCUUUAGCUAAGCCAUUGAAAUUUACUGUUUUGCAUUUUUAAAAAAAAACAAAAAUAAAUGUCAUGAGAUCCUGUUCUCCCAAGCAAUGUUCAAUUCACAUACUUCAAUUCUGAAGGGGAAGAAGAUGAGCUCAUAUUGCCAUUUACCACCACUGUGAGAUGCUGAUCUCCAAAUCAUAGCUGUUGGCAGCUUUGUGCCUAGCUUUCUCCUCACCUUCGAUAGUCCUCUUCAGUCAUUUUGCAAAGUAAGCUGGCAUUGUGAGAGCUCAGCAUCAUUCCAGAAUGAUACCUGAUGGAUUUCCAAGUGCCUGGCUGGUGUAUUCAAAAAAUGUUUUCAAUUUCCCACUUGCAUUUUAAGUUUCAGUGUUUCCAUAGUUUCUAUUAAUUGAACAUCCAAGUGGUUGAGACCCUGAUCUGCUGGGAACUGUUAUUUAAAACUUACUCCACUUGAACUGUUUGCUUUCUCAAAUCUCACAACGAUCUCUACAAACAAAAGUUGACUGUCUGUUGGAACUGAUGUCUCAGGAUGAUGUUUUGAGAGAAUGUUUUUAAAAUGCAAACAUACCGAUAUUACACAAUAACCCCCAUUCCACAUAGUUUCAGAAAUGCUGUGCUAAGGAGAGAGAUGACAGCUGCCAGGAACACUGUUAACAGUGCUUUAG